GUGUUUAGCACGAAGGUAAGGUGGUGGCACGUGCAGAUUGUGUGCUCAGGUGACUGCCUUGCCACUUUCUGUGACAAACAGGGCCCUCUUCUGUAGCAAGAGUCAUUUGGAUCAAUAGGAAUGGGGAAAAGAGGGGCUCCAAAAAGCAAAGCAAUUGCUGCAGAAAAAUCUGAACUUUAAGACAAAAUCUACUUGUGUCAUAUUUUCAGAGCAUAAAAAAGUGACAUUAGGGGUGUUUAUGUAUUCCUUACGUGACGGGAAACUGUGAAGUAUUCAUCAUCCUAUCAGCUCCAAAAUACUAACGAAAUUUCUUCUGUGACAAUCAGCUGGAGUGUUCCUGGUUUUAUACACCUCAUCCUUUCCCCAUUCUUUGUCGCUGGAAAUGUGAUUUGAAACAAACCUGAGUUUUCUGUCCUGUGAAUUGUGACGAGCCCCCGCGGCAGGCAGGGGCAGAGUGGCAGAGGCAGGAGGAGGUGCUGCCUGAGCAGUGGGGAUGCGAAGAGGAUGCUGGCAUUGCCUGCCAAAGGCAACUCUCCUGGAACACUUGGAGACUUUGCCAGCAGUGCUGAGACCACCCAUGGCUCCCAGGCCAGCUCUAGUUUUAAGGAUUCCUGCUGAUGCUCUUCCUGAGGAAAGCCAUGCCCUACCACAGAGUCCUUCGCCUGGUCCUGCUAACGCUGUGCAGCAUCCUGGUCCCUGCUGUGCUGGCAGCAGAGUACCCGCAGGACCCGGUCCCCACCCUCUGGAACGAGCCGCCCGAGCUGCCCUCCGGAGCCGGUCCCUUGGACGCUGCCACCGGCACCGCCCGGCUGUCGGACGCCACUGCCUUCCCCCCGUACACCUCGGAGCAGGAGCCCGAGGACACCACGCACCUGCACCGGCUGGACGCCGGGGACGGCUCACUGGGGCCCGGAGCUAUUGGUGCCAUUGUCAUCGCCUCCCUCCUGGGUACGUCUGUGCUUGUGGCCUUGGUCGUCAUCACACUGAGAAAGUUCUCAGCCUCCUGAACUCAAUAAAAGAUUUUUCUG